AUGUACAUUAAUCCUAAAAAAUCGCGGAAACAUACGUUAAGUUGUAACGCUGCGACAUAUCGCAGCGUUACAACUUAUUGUCGCAAUAAACUGCUACAUUCGCUCAAAUAUUAUUUGUCCAUAAAUACUGCCGAAAGUAAUUUUAUUGCACUUAAUAUCAUCUGCGAUAUUUUGAAAAGAUUGCCCAAUGACACAAAAUUUUCGCUAGAUCUGUACAAGCUAAUAGUCUCAUUAUUUUUCAGAUUAGGGUGUGAUACUAGCAGAGAGUAUUUAAAUUUUUUACAAUUGGUGGCAGAAACUACCCCUGAAAUGCGUUACAUCGUGUUACAUGGCAUUGCAAAUUAUCACCUAAAGCGCAAUGAUCCAGUAAGGCUGCUAAAGGACGUAAACAAACACUUUGCUGAGUGGAAAUUGGAUGGGCAUGAAGAUGCUGUAUUGCUUGGUUAUUUAGCGCGAUAUAAAUCAUUAGUUGCAAAUGACAAAUUAUAUGGUGACAGUGGCAAAAUUGACAUUCCUCCUAGCAUUGGAAAUGGUAUACGAUGGGUGUUCAAGGUGUAUAUGAGGUAUAAACGUAUACCUUCUGCCCAAGCCUUUGAAUUGUUCGUUGCAGCUAAUUAUAGAAAGGACCCAAUCAAGUGUCUGAGUGUCAUUGACCAAUUUAUUAGCAUGUUUCCAAAUAUACCACAUAUAAGAGCUGUUAAAUAUAAUUUGUUACUAAAUUCAACACUAAGUGGUACUAGUGAGAAUAAUACCACUUGUGGUGGGUGCGAUAAAGAAAAAUUAAAGAAUGAAGGUUAUAGCUUAUUAUUCAAUGGUUACAGUCCUAGUAUCAAGAAUUUGAAGGUGGUUAUAAACAACACGGAAAGUGUUGUGGAUAAGAUUGAUAUUUAUUGCAGAUUUUUGUUACAAAGCCCCAGAAGCGAUUACGCAUGGAUAGAGCUAUCAAAAUUGAUACUCGAAGAUCCUAACCAAGCUAUUAAAAACGAAAGUAUUAAAUCACUGGAGCAUUACUACGAUCCAGACACGAACAUAGCAAGGGCGAUUGGUGAUGAUUGUUUAUUGAAUUAUUUGAUAGUUGGCAUCGCUGCAAGUCAACGAAUCGGAGAACUAAUAGAGACAAUCAAAGUGAGUAAAUCGGCUAGGUUUGGAUUUGAAAAAUUAACACGCAAUGAUGACAAAAGGAAUAUGUCAAUGUCAACCAAGUCUGCAAUAGAAGAUUUGUACAGGCAUAUCCAUGGGGCAAGUUUGUUGGGACUUUUUGACGUAUUUGGUUUGUAA